AUGACGGUGCUGGCGAAGGAAGAGGGUGGUCUGCUUGGGCAGAGUGUAGUUCAGCCCAACGCUCUGGUGACAGCUCAGCUUGGAGACACUGUGAUUCUCCCGUGUUUCUGUUCUGAUAUGGAAGGAGCGGCCACGAUCAGUUGGAUAAAGCAACCACUUGGACAGAAGCCUCAGUCUGUCGCAAUGAUGGUGAACUAUCAAUCCGAUGCUGUGUUUUUCAAUGAGUUUAAAAACAGUACACGUCUCAGAGCUAAGAAAGCAGAGGGAAGCUUUAACCUGACUGUCUCAAAGGUAGAGCCAUCAGAUUCAGCAACAUACUACUGCACUUUUACAUUCUUCGGUGAGAUCAGCUUUGGAGAUGGAAGUACCUUAAUGGUGACGGGGCCAGAGUCCCAGAGCAGGACAGUAGUGUCUGAGUCAGUGCAGCCAGGAGACUCUGUGACUCUGCAGUGUACAGUACACACUGAGACCUGUGCAGGAGAACACAGUGUGCACUUGUUCAGACCGGGCUCAGGAGAGUCUCCUCCAGGAAUCAUUCACACCCAUGGACACAGGAGUGAUGAGUCCCAGAGGAGCUCUGGGACUGUGUCUCCCACACAGAGCUGUGUCUACAACUUCCCCAAGAGGAACCUCAGCCUCUCUGAUGCUGGGACUUACUACUGUGUUGUGGCCACCUGUGGGGAGAUCUUUUUUGGGAACGGGACCAAGCUGGACUUUAAGGGUAGGAACAACACAGUCACAUCGUGA